CGUAAAAGCAUGUGAUAAAACGACGAGAAGUCACGAUAUUUGAAGGAACGAAGGAAGGAACGAACGUUACGUUAUCCAAACGGCGAUAAGGUUAAAACUUAAAACCUUAAUUAGUCUGAGUGUGCCAAAAGCUCGGCUGACUCAGCUUUCAUCACCGUCCACCUACAUAAUGUAGGUAACAAUUUUAUCCGAUACAUUCAUUUGUAAGCACCGACUUCUGGUUGGGUUUUAAUGCAACAGCUAGCAAAAAAGGACGAUGUUUUUUUAGGGGACACAGCUAGGGAUGGCAAUCAAACCCAUGGCCGCGGGUACCCGACCGCCCCCGACCCAGUCAACGCGGGGAAUCCCCGCUUUGACCGGGUAUGGGGCGGGUAUGAGUAAAACCCGCAAAAAGUUUGAUGGGUAUGGGGCGGGUAUGGUUUUAGUCUCCCCCGCCCCAUACCCAUACCCAUACCCGCCCCACCAAGAGAAUUUCUUCACAUAUAAAAAAAUAUGUGGAUUAAAUUGUAAUCUAUCAAUGAUGAUGAUGAUAACUUGAGAAAAUAAAUAGUAGAAAUACAAUUGAGUAACCACCUUAAACAAAACCUAAUUCAUUUCCCUCAAUUAUCCUUCCACUCUUUCACUUUCCCCCUUGUCAACAAGAUUAUGUUAGUUAAUUAUUACUUAGUAAAUGUAUCAAGAGUUAGAGCAUAAUAAUUUAAAAAAUAUUGUAGUCUAUAUUAUGUAUUAAUGGAUGUUUUAGGAUCAUAUUCUUUGAAUCGUAUUUAGAAAAUGACCGUGUUUUGUUGACUUCAUGAUAUAAUAGGUUUGUUUAUGGUUAUAAUUAAAACUUUUCUUGUAAGUUUUAGGUAUAAUAAUGUUGGAUGUACGGGGAUGGGUAUUACCCAUGGGUACCCGAAACCCACGGGUAUGGGGAUGGGUUUGCAAAACAUUCCCCCACAUGGGUAUGGGGCGGGUAUGGGUUUGGGUAUUUGAAGAUGGGGAUGGGGAUGGUUUAGGCAAACCCGCCCCAAACCCGCCCCAUUGCCAUCCCUAGACACAGCAUAAAUAAUAAUCCUUUAAUAAUUUGGGCAGAAAAUAUCUUCUGAAAUAAAAUACUGAGUAUUCUUAUAUCAAAGACUUCUCACCAAUUUCUUAUAUUAAUAGCUUCGCUCACCCAAUUCAUGCUGAUUACUCUUCUCCUCCUCCCACUCUUCGAUUUCUUCUCUCAAUCCUAAUAAGAACGAAAUGCAGAUUACUUGCUAAACGAUUAGUCGAUCAAUCGACAAAAUAAGUUAUAAUCGAUUAUACAAUUACGAUUAACCAACUGAUAUAAACAAUAUGGUUAACAAUGACCAGAAAUUAUUUAAUAAUCAAUCAAUAAUCAAAUAAACAAUUACGAUUAUAAUUUACAACCGAACCAAACUGACUGAGUACUGAGUAUAGAGUUACUAUUAGGUAUAGUUACUAUUACUAAAAUUAAGAAAAACUGAAAUAAAACAACUCCAUAAGAACCAGAAAACCAUAAUCAUACAUUACCAAGAAAAAAAUAAAAGAGGAUAAGUGAUAAAUAAAUAAUCACGACAGCUGUAUCAAGAAAAAGGGAAAGACUUUUAUGAGCUUGCCCCCAUUUUUCCUUUUAUAUAUAUACACUACGCCAUUACCACUCUCAUUUUCCUUCUUAUCUCCCUUUCCCUUUCCUCCUCCGUCGACUUCAAACUUCUCUCGGCAAAAGAAGGGGAAAAAAAAAAUGCCGGCGGCCGGAAUCGCUCCCGGUGGCUCCGGUAAGGAGUACCCGGGGAACCUCACCCCUUUCGUCACCGUCACUUGCAUCGUCGCCGCCAUGGGCGGCCUCAUCUUCGGCUACGACAUCGGAAUCUCCGGUGGCGUGACGUCGAUGGACUCGUUUCUGCGGGAUUUCUUUCCGUCGGUGUACCGGAAGAAGCACGCCGACGCGACGGUCAGCCAGUACUGCCAGUACGACAGCCAGACGCUGACCAUGUUCACCUCGUCGCUGUAUCUGGCUGCGCUUUUGUCGUCGAUCGUCGCCAGUACGGUGACCAGAGUAUUCGGCCGGAAGCUCUCCAUGCUCUUCGGCGGUCUUCUUUUCUUCGCCGGAGCACUGGUCAACGGAUUCGCUAAGGCCGUCUGGAUGCUCAUCCUCGGCCGGAUUCUGCUCGGCUUCGGCAUCGGCUUCGCUAAUCAGUCGGUGCCGCUCUACUUGUCGGAGAUGGCGCCGUACAGAUACAGAGGAGCACUGAACAUCGGCUUCCAGCUCUCCAUCACCGUCGGCAUCCUCGUCGCCAACGUCCUCAACUUCUUCUUCAACAAGAUCGCCGGCGGCUGGGGCUGGCGCCUCAGCCUCGGCGGCGCCAUGGUCCCGGCGCUCAUCAUCACCGUCGGCUCCCUCGUCCUCCCCGACACACCCAACUCCAUGAUCGAGCGCGGCCGGGCCGACGAGGCCCGGUCCGCCCUCCGCCGCAUCCGCGGCGUCGACGACGUCGACGACGAGUUCUCCGACCUCGUCGCCGCCACCGAGCAGUCCAGGCUCGUCGAGCACCCCUGGACCAAUCUGCUCCAGAGGAAGUACCGGCCGCACCUGGCCAUGGCCGUCUGCAUCCCAUUCUUCCAGCAGCUCACCGGAAUCAACGUCAUCAUGUUCUACGCGCCGGUGCUGUUCAACAGCAUCGGAUUCGGCGCCGACGCUUCCUUAAUGUCGGCGGUGAUCACCGGGAUCGUCAAUGUCUGUGCCACCAUGGUGUCCAUCUAUGGUGUUGAUAAGUGGGGGAGGAGGUUUCUCUUCCUAGAAGGAGGCGUUCAGAUGUUAAUUUGUCAGGCGGUGGUGGCGGCGUGCAUCGGGGCGAAAUUCGGCGUCGACGGCGACCCAGGGGAGCUGCCGAAGUGGUACUCGAUCAUCGUGGUGAUGUUCAUCUGCAUCUACGUGGCGGGAUUCGCGUGGUCGUGGGGCCCGCUGGGGUGGCUGGUGCCGAGCGAGAUCUUCCCGUUGGAGAUCCGAUCGGCGGCGCAGAGCGUGACGGUGUCGGUGAACAUGAUCUUCACGUUCGCGGUGGCGCAGAUAUUCCUGAUGAUGUUGUGUCGUUUGAAGUUCGGGUUGUUCCUGUUCUUCGCGUUCUUCGUCGUGGUGAUGUCGAUUUUCGUCUACUUUUUCUUGCCGGAGACGAAGGGGAUUCCGAUCGAGGAGAUGGGAAGGGUGUGGAGGUCGCAUUGGUACUGGUCGAGGUUCGUGGAGGCGGAGGCGGGGCGUGGGAAUGAGAAUUUGGAGAUGGGUGGGAAAGUUGUUUGAUUGUGAGAGGGGUUUUUUGGUUGUAAUGGGAAAAUUGAGGGACGAUUAUGGAAUUUGGAUCUAUACUUUUGUUUUUUCUUCUUCUUCUUCUAGUUGUUUUUGAGGGGUGUGGGUUUAAAUUUGGCUAACUAGUGGUACAUAAGUGGAUUCUAAAAGGGUUGUUUCUCUUUUUGUUAAUUAUAUCCAUUACCAUUUACAUGUCCAAUAUGUUCAUUCCACACUAUGUUUAGAGAUUUAAUUACCAAUAAGAAUUAAAACUUAAAAGAGACAGAGAUUGUUGUACGAAUGAUUCGAUAAGAAAAUACAUAAAAGAGUGUCAAGAAGAUAAAAUUUAGCAGUCUCUAGUGACAAUUGCAACCAAAAUGCAACCUUUGAGUUGGUUGGUGGGUUCGACCUAUCACCCAGAGCUAUACAACAAUUUAACUACUCAAGGUACCGAAAGUUUGAAGAGGAAACAACAUCAAUAAUGCUUGAAGCGCAAAAGAUAAUAAGAAAACAAAGAAAAAAUCGAAACUCACACUAAGAAAUCUUUACUCUCAAACGACGAGUCUCUUUAACGAAAUAAUCGACCUCCCUGUACGAAAUCUGUAUGAUUAUGGCGUAUCGAUAUCUCUUUCCAACAAUCAUGAACUAAUGACCAAUACCACUAGGCAUGCUUGAGUGGAUUAUAAGCAAAAAGGUUAGAAAGGAACUUCCAUUUGGUAGUGGAUAAGAAUCAAAAGCCCCCCCUUUUUUUGCUAGCUACCAAAUCUCCUUCCUUCCCAACUGUAAAUAUGUUGUUGGAAACUUGGAAAAGGAGAAAAGGCGAAAAUGGAGUUUCACUUUCAGUGACAACUAACAAAUGUCAACUGUCACUGCGCCUUAUGCAAUUAAUAAAUGGCGUUUUGUUUUACGUAUUGGAUAACAUUAGUCCAGAUGUGAGAGAGAUAUCUCCCAGAUCGAUCGCAUGACACCCUGUUUUCUCAAGAAACAGAGUACUCUCACUACUCUGUUUUCUCAAAUAAAUUCAGGGUCACGGUCUGUAAGAAAAGAGUGAAUGGGACGGGAAACACAAGAAAAGAAAGGAUGAUCGCAUUUUCCUCGGCGCGCUUGAUAAUAUAAUCCUCUCCCUUGUUUGAUGGCGUAAACGGGGCAAGGUUCAUGGUUUUGCUUGAUAAGCCUCUGCAAAAAUUGCUUCAUUCUUAGGACUUGAACAUAAUGGGAUUUAUAGGGACAAAUUAAACUUUUUUUUUUUACAUUGCAUGAUAAUUGUGUAUAUUUAAAGUGUACAUUGCUUGAAGAUUAUGAUUUAAGCACAAUGUAUGGUAAUUUCAUUUUCGACCAACAUAAACAUUGAUACUUACUUUGUACGGAGCGGAGUAGGACCCAUAUUUAUAUAUGAAAGAGAUUGUUUUUUCAACCGUAUCUAUCGAAUAGGAGCCAGAUUUACAUUUGAAUCGAUUGAUGCAUAUGCUUUGAUUGGACUCGGUUCUCACAAUUUCGAUAUUUUCUUUCUUGUUUAUUCGUUGUGAUCCCUUAAAAAGAAGAAAAAAUCGACCGACCAAAUCGAAAUUUGAAUCAAGUUUUAGUUCUUUG